AAAAUAAACAACAAUACGCCAAAACCCAUACUCAUACGCAAAUGACUUUGUUAUAAAUUAAUCACUAAUUUCACCUCCUUAUUCUUCUUCUUCUUCCUAAUCUCAACAUUAACAACAACCGAAAAUAAGAGGCUGCUUUCAAGUCUGUCGCCUUCUCUCUACUGUGACUCUCUAACUAAACUUCUUAUUCUAUUUCACUUACUUCUAUAAGAACAACAAGAAGAAAGAGGAGAGAGAAAAAGAGAGAAAGAUUUCAUCCUUGUUUACUCUUUUUUUGCAAAUUGCAAUAUUGUUGAAGCGGAUAAAAUAAGGAUGUCUCUUUCUGUAGUUCAGGGGUUUACUAAAUCACUGGCCAUGACUGUGCUUUCCGAGAUCGGUGACAAGACAUUCAUUGCUGCUGCGAUCUUAGCCAUGCGCCAUCCUAGAAGACUGGUGCUCACUGGCUGUCUCUCAGCUCUUAUAGUGAUGACCAUUCUCUCUGCUGUUGUUGGAUGGGCUGCUCCUAAUUUGAUGUCUCGUAAGUUGACUCACCACGUUGCAACAGCGUUGUUCUUUGGGUUUGGAUUGUGGUCACUAUGGGACGGUUUUCAUCAGGAAGGGGAUGCCGGAGAGUUGGCUGAAGUUGAAAAGCAAUUGGAUGCUGAUUUCAAGGGUGCUACAUCAACAACUAAAGAGCACAAGGAUGAUGAUGAAAAGAAGAAGAAAACGAGACCAUUUCUUACACAGUUUUUCUCACCAAUCCUUUUGAAGGCAUUCUCCAUUACUUUUUUUGGUGAAUGGGGUGAUAAAAGCCAGCUGGCUACCAUUGGUCUGGCUGCUGAUGAGAACCCAUUUGGUGUUGUUCUCGGUGGAAUUUUAGGACAAACUUUGUGCACCACAGCUGCGGUCUUGGGUGGAAAGAGCUUGGCAUCUCAAAUAUCAGAGAAAGUGGUUGCCCUCUUUGGUGGUGCUCUUUUCAUUAUUUUCGGGAUCCAGUCUUUGCUUUCUCCAGUCAACUAAUCUGCUUGUAAAAAUUUCCGAGAGCGAUGAUUGGUCGAUUGAAGCUUUAAAACAGAUCCAACAAUAACAUUGCUGCUUUCUAUUCAAGAAAAUUGAUUAGAAUACAUGGGAGCAAGGGACUUGUCUGAAAUGACAUAAGAAGUUACUUGCUGCUUUGCAGUUAUAACUUGAAGUUUUCAUGACACAUUUUUGCUGGAUCUUGUUAUUUCGUACAGAACUUUUUUUAUUUUAUAGAUUUACUCUCAAUUUGAUAUUGAUGUAAUAGUCAACAUUAAUUUCAACUUGUAUUUUCUUUUUGCUAGUAAAAUACUUCUUUGUUUCAAAAUACUUGACACGGUUUGAAUUUUUGUACUAUUUACACAUUCUCCUUUGACAAAGGAAGAAUACAGUUAUGUGGGAUCUUGUUAGAUAUGUGUUGACAUAUACUUUU